GAAGGAAGUCACAAGAGCCACCACAUAAAAAGGAAGCAAAGAGGCGCUCGGAGAGAAAGUGUGUGUCUGAGUGCUGACAGACCUCAACACGUAAAGAUGGCUGAGAGUAAACUUAGUGGCAACAUUGGGGGCAACAUAGGCGCUGGAGCUGGCAUCCUGGCUAAACGCUUUCAGAAAUCAAUGAACAGAGCUCAAGAGAAGGUCCUGCAGAAACUUGGAAAAACCAUGGAGACGAAAGAUGAGCAGUUUGAGCAGUGCUCAGCCAAUCUAAACAAACAACAGACGGAUGGUACCAGAUUGUUCAAGGAUGUGAAGUCCUACUACAAUGCAGUCAAAGUGAUGCAUGAGACGUCCAAACGUCUGUCUCAGACUCUGAAAGAAAUCUAUGAGUCAGACUGGCAGGGUAUAGAGGACCUGUCUGUCAUUAUGGAGAGUGAGGACCUGCUCUGGAAUGAUUAUGAGGAGAAGUUGAGUGAUCAGGUUAUUCGCACAAUGGAGAACUACACUAGCCAGUUCCCAGAUGUCAAAGAACGUGUAGCUAAGCGUGGACGUAAGCUGGUGGAUUACGAUUCUACUCGCCACCAUCUGGAGGCACUGCAGAACGCCAAAAAGAAAGACGAAGCCAAAAUAGCCAAAGCAGAGGAGGAGUUUAACAAAGCGCAGAGUGUGUUUGAGGACAUCAACAAAGAACUGCGAGAGGAACUGCCCGUCCUUUAUCAAAGUCGCAUUGGCUGCUAUGUGACAGUGUUUCAGAACAUCUCCAACCUAAGGGAUGUCUUUUACAAGGAAAUGAGUGUGUUAAAUCAUGACAUAUAUAAUGUAAUGAAGAAGCUUGAGACGCAGCACUCCACAAAGACCUUUAUCAUCAAAGGCCUCAACAGCACUAAGUCAAAGAAGAGGAAAUCUCUCACUAUCUCUGCACCCAUCCCCUGUAACACCGCCUUCCCUGCCGAUCAUCCGGGUCUGGGCAAGCUCAGUGUGCCUGAUGAACUCAUGGCCAAAGACACAGACUCAAACUCUACUCCAGUAAAGGCUGCAACCACAACAGCAGAAACAUCAGACUCUGAUGACUUCAGCUCUGUUGAUAGUGUGCCAAAUACACCCAACAGGCAGUCUGUGUGCUCAGAGGGGGAGGGGGUCAAGUCCGGGAUAGCCAAUGAGAGCACAACUGAAAUUGCUGCUGACCAGUCGGUACAAUCGGUCGAUAAAGAGCAGCCAGGAAGUUCAGCUGCCAGUGAGCAGGAUGAAGAAGAACAAAGUGAGGAUGCUGCAUCUUCUGCACCUACAUCUGAGGAUAGAAAUGCAUCAGAAGCCACACCGUCUGAAGGUGCAAGUGAGGAGCCUGUGCCUUCACAGAAUGAGAAUGAGAAAGCAGCUCCAGUGCCUGCUGCCCGAUCACUCGCCCCAGUAAAGGUAGAGGAAGCAGCAGAUGGUGAGAAAGCAGAAAGUGGAAAAGUGGAGGACCAAACAGAAGAGUUAAAGACAGGAAAAGAGGAGGUAACGAGCCAAAAGGCCAACAGCUCAAACCCUCCGGGCUUCCUCUACAAGGCUACCGCUUUGGAGAACCAGGAAUCGGAUGAAGGUGUUCUUCUGUUGUUCACAAAAGGAGAUGUGAUCCUCAUAUAUGUUGAUGAAGAAGAAAAGCCAGAGGGCAGCGUGUGGGGGGUGAGAGAGCAGGACUGGAUCCAAUAUAAGGACUUGACGCUCCUCUCUGGCAUCGUCAUGGAGACAAUGAUCCAAAGAAUCAACUCUGACUAGACAGGACUGCAACUUUUAGUGACUCAGCUCAUAAUCUGGCAGCAGAGCAGGGCUGUGUACUAGCCCUGUGACCAGUGAACGCCAUAGUGUGGACCUUCAUGUUUACUCCAGGGUUUUCCUGGAGUCGCUAACUCACUGGAAUCUUUGUGUUUUUUACACUAAAACAGUAACUUCAUCUGUUUAAAA